AUGGCUAAGAUCUUUGCAACUGGAACUACUGGCUAUAUAGGGGGCGAUGCUCUCUACCUCAUCUCACAAAAACACCCAGAAUGGGAACUCACAUGCCUGGUUCGGAACAGUGACAAAGGCGCCAAAGUUGCUGCUGUCUAUCCGAAAGUGAGGUUGGUCUACGGAGACUUGGACACUGUAGACCUGAUCGAGGAGGAGGCUGCCAACUCCGACAUCGUCUAUCACUUUGCCAACUGCGACCAUGAGGCUUCGGCGCGCGCUAUUGCUAAAGGGCUCGCACGGAGAAACCGCGAAGGCACUGGUUACUGGAUUCAUACAUCCGGAACACUAAUUCUCGGCUGGGAAACAAUUGACCUUGCCGACUUUGGUAACAGAUUGGAUAAAGUGUAUGACGACUGGGACAACGUGGGCGAAUUGAUAUCUCAACCCGACCACGCUGCUCACAGGAAUGACUUGUCGAACCUCUACCUUCUCCUCGGCGAGGCUGCUCUCAAUGGCGGCUCGCCGGCGACCUGGAAUGACCAGGGUUAUUAUUUGGCUGAGAACGGUCCUUUUGUAUGGGGAGAUUUGAUCCAGGAAAUUGCAAAUGUUGCUCAUAAAAAUGGUCUACUGCCAGAAGCAACCGUGGAAAGCCUGAGUCCGGCAGAAGCUGAAACAUUUCUCCCCAAUGCCAGGCUGCUGAUGGGGACCAACUCAAGGGGGGUAUCCAUUCGAGGAAAGAAACUGCUGGGUUGGAAACCUGCUAUGCAUGGAAUUAUGGAAGAAAUUCCCGAGUGUGUGGAGAGCGAAGCCGAGCGCCUUGGUCUGAUCAAACGCCAUGCAGCAAAAGUUGCAGGAUAG